AUGAUAUUAAAAUACGUGAAGAUUAUUUUAGUUCUCCAAGCAACAUCAACACAAGGUGGAAAGUACUGCAACAUAAUUUCAGCAGAUGAGAAGAAGUGUCACUUAAGGGAAUCACUGGUGAUCAUCGACCAUAGCGCUAACCAAAUAGCAGUGGACAAGAAAUCGAACACCUUGUACUUCAGCUUCGAUGCCGGCCAAGGAGAAUUUAAUCCAGCGUUAAUUGGCAUUGAUUCUAAAAAGCUAAAGCUGCUCAAAGGAGUAAAAGACGCUUUUGCUAUAGCUACUGAUGAUAAAACUGGCGACGUGUAUUUCGGUGGAAGCAACGGCAUUUACAAAUAUUCUCACUUAACGAGUAAGCUCAUGAGAUUAGAUAUAAAACAGUUGGACGUGUGGUGGUUGGUAAUACGGAACCACAUAUAUUACAUACAGUUCCCAGACUUGAAGGCAUACGUGUAUAAAUGCAAGAUGAUCAAGCUGCUGGAGCAGCUUUACAACAGUGUAAUGAAUCAAUUUGUCUUCGACGCCGAAAAGAACAUCUACUUUAUAAACGGUACCGGUCUUUACAGAGUAGGCAGAGAUGACACUAAAGUUGUUUUGCUAAGAAGCACACCAAAGUUUUUAGGAAUGACUACAAACAUUUAUGGAACAGUGUACGUGUGCAGCGACAGUGGAAUUUACUACAUUAGGAAAGAUCAGAAGUUGGCUAAAUAUGUGAGCAUCCAAGGUGUGCUGGCGUUGACAUUUGACAAAGAUAACCACUUGAUUUAUUCUGAUUCUCGGGAGCUGGUUCGUCUCCUGCCUAUGGAGAAGAGAAUCAAGAAGAACGAGUCUCGAAAGUCUCUUACUGGUGAAGUGAGGAAUGUGACAGUUUGCGAAGUUUUCACUAUGCUUGUUAGUCCAAAACCUAAGGCGAUAGUCGAAGAAGAACACCAAUGCUCUAACUCGUUGAACACCUUGUAA